AUUAGCGCCAAUCAGCUUGCCGCGCCGUGAUACGACACCGUUUGCUGCUGCUUCACUCGUUCAAACCAGAACUACAGACGGUCGGAGAAACCCUAGCGGCCAAAUCGACGACGACGUGUGAUCGGAAAACAUGGCAAUUGCUCGAACCGGCGUCUACGUCGAUGACUAUUUGGAAUCUCAGAAUCGGAAGUUUCCUCUUAUCUACAGAUGCGAGCACGUUGCCUGCUGAGCUCCAGAGGCUCCUCAACACCGUCCGUGAGCUCGAUGGCAGGUCCCAAUCUAUGAUAAACCAGACGAGGCAGCAGACGAAGUACUGCCUAGGGCUGUCGUCGCAGGGCAUGAAGAAGGGGAACGCCAGCCAUGAAGAAGACGAUGCUGCGACCGAGAAGCUGAGGAAAGAGAUUGAGGCUAAUCAGGACAGCGCGUUGUGUCUGUGCACGGAGAAGGUUCUGCUUGCACGGCAGGCAUUUGACCUCAUUGAUGGCCAUGUUAAGAGACUCGAUGAAGAUCUGAACCACUUCGCUGAAGAUCUUAAGCAAGAAGGAAAAAUCUCUCCAAAUGAACCAGCAAUUCUUCCCCCGUUACCUCUUGUCCCUAAAAGUGAGAAACGCAAGUCCUAUUUUGGAACAUCUCAAUUCUCCAGGAGGUUUGAUUUCAGGGACUGGGACCAUUAUCGGGACCGAGACAGGGAUUUCGAGCUCAUGCCCCCUCCAGGAAGCCAUAAGAGAGAAUUUGCUAAUCACCUGGACAUCGAUCAGCCCGUCGAUCCAAACGAGCCUACAUACUGUAUCUGUCAGCAGGUGUCUUUUGGAGAUAUGAUUGCCUGUGACAAUGAAAACUGCCAAGGAGGUGAAUGGUUCCACUACUCGUGUGUUGGCUUGACGCCCGAGACCAGAUUCAAGGGGAAGUGGUACUGCCCGACCUGCAGACUGCUUUCACAGUGCCAAUUGUAGUAUAUGUACAUAUAAAGAAGGUUGUCAUUUUCUUGGAUCUCUUAUCAGCAGAUGGUAGCAUUGCUGCCCUAUUCAUAGUUCGAGUUGGUUUACUAGCAAAAUCCUCGAACACGAACAGGAAGAGAAGGUGGGGGGUGGUGUGGGUGGGUUAAAGAAGAUUUAGAUUAUGAUGUUGGCUUUGUUUUAUCAUCUAUAUAAUAUGAAUAGUUAAGAUGAACUAGAAAGGCGAUUGUUGCAAUAUAUUUGAAUGGCUACUUUGAAGAAAGAGAUGGAUUCAUGUAUGAUGCUAAGGAGGCAUUUGACUCCAGUAUUCUUAGAGUUAGAUUGCAGCAGAAGUGGAUUACAGGAAAAAUUAACCGUUGAAUCAUUUUGUGUGGAUCGUAGGUCAAAAGGUGUGAUCAUUGUGUUUGGUACAUGUAUUUGAUUAUUGAAAAUAUGAGUGAUAAUAUUAUAUAAGAUUACUUUUAUAG